AAACAAGAGCGCGUGCGCAGCUGCGCAGUCACUCCGAAAACAUGGCGGUUCUUCUUGAAACAACAUUGGGUGAUAUCGUCAUUGAUUUAUUUACAGAAGAAAGGCCUAAAACAUCCCUGAAUUUCCUGAAGUUAUGCAAAAUCAAAUUCUACAAUUACUGCCUCAUCCACAAUGUCCAGAGAGAUUUUAUUGUGCAGACUGGAGAUCCCACUGGGACUGGCCGUGGUGGAGAAUCUGUCUAUGGUAAACUAUAUGGAGACCAGGCCCGCUUCUAUGAUGCAGAGAAAAACCCACGGAUCAAACACAGAAAGAAGGGGAUGGUGUCCAUGGUGAACAAUGGCAGUGACCAACAUGGUUCUCAGUUCCUGAUCACCACUGGUGAAAAUCUGGACUACCUGGAUGGGGUCCACACUGUGUUCGGAGAGGUGUCAGAGGGUAUGGACGUCUUGGCCAAGAUCAAUGAGACCUUCGUUGACAAGGACUUCAUCCCUUUUCAGGAUAUCAGAAUAAACCACACUGUGAUCUUGGAAGACCCUUUCGAUGACCCUGCUGACCUGCCCGUGCCUGACCGCUCCCCUGAGCCUACCAAGGAACAGCUGGAUAGUGGUCGUAUUGGAGCUGAUGAAGUGAUCAACGACACAGAUGGGAAGAAGGCUGAGGAGCUGGAUGAGCUGUUGAAGGAGAAGGAGGCCAAGACCCAGGCCAUCCUGCUGGAGAUGGUGGGUGAUCUCCCUGAUGCGGAAGUGAAACCUCCUGAGAAUGUGCUGUUCGUGUGUAAGCUGAACCCUGUAACCACAGAUGAGGACCUGGAGAUCAUCUUCUCCCGCUUCGGACUUAUUAAGUGCUGUGAGAUCAUCAGAGACUGGAAGUCAGGAGAGUCCCUGUGCUAUGCUUUCAUUGAGUUUGAAAAGGAGGAGGACUGUGAAAAGGCCUUCUUUAAGAUGGACAACGUGCUCAUAGAUGACAGACGCAUACACGUGGACUUCAGCCAGUCUGUCUCAAAGAUCAAAUGGAAAGGCAAAGGUGGAAAGUAUACCAAGGAUGACUUCAAGGCCUAUGAAAAAGACGUGGGAUCCAAAUUAGCUCUUAAGGAUAAAGUCAAACCUAAGCAAGACUCCAAGUACGACCUGCUUUUAGAGGAAGAGGAAGAAGGAACGAGCCAUCGGCAUGCUGAGAAGAAACACAAAGAUAAGAAACACAAUCACUCCGAUGACGAGGAAACCAGGAAAUCCAAAAAAUCCAAGUGGAACAGUGAGGAGGCCAGGCCGGAGAAAAAGACAGACCGGCAGCAUUCUCGCUCCAGGGAAAGAGACAGAGACAGCCACAACAAGCACAGCAAGUCCCGUGAAAAGCACCGGCCGGAGAGGAGCCGCAGUCGCUCACCCAAGAAGUCUAAAGACAAGGAGAGGAGCAGACACCGAUGAUGAGAGAGGGAAAGGAACAGGGUUGAGGCCAAUUCCAUUUCAACUCCCCAUCAAUAUACUGAAUUGGAAAAUCUUCUUUGAAAAUAAAUGUCAGUUCCUUUCAUGAAUUGACUGAAUUGAAAUGGAAUUGGACCGCCCUGAUACCUGCCACUGUGGCCCCUACUACCCCACCACCCCCCAUGUUUGGGAGAGUAGCACCAGGGACUCAGCCCUCAUGUUACAUGGAAAAUAUUUACCCUGGGAUGUUUACCCUAAUUACCUGGAAAUAACACAGUGUUACAUAACCUGAGAACACUGCUCAUCGUGUGAGAACACUGCAUGAAUAAUACAAUUAUUUUUCAGGCUGAACUGCUGGAUUUCUAUAGGGCAACAUUCUGUAUUUAGGUCUACACAGCAUUUUCCGAAUCAGUCUACAUACACACAUAACUAAAUCAGUAAGGUUGUAUAAGUAAAUUUGUGUUUUGGUUUGACUUGUACCCCACCCCCCUUUCUCUGUUUAUCAAUGGGCAGGUGAAUGAUUUCUCCCCCCCAUGUUUGACCUUUGGACUGUAGUUGUUUUUUUUUUACUGCUUUUGUACAGUAAAUAAAUGUACCAAGCUAACAAACGUUCCCACAACUUUAACCCUCAGACACAUUAAUGUUCUUAAAACGCAUCUAGAACAUAGUAUAUUCUGAGAAUAUUGUAACCACGUUCUAAAUAAGUAAUUUUUUACUUUAAGGGAAUGUUCUCAGCUUUAACACCAACACAUGAUAAAAACAUUAUAAGAAGGUUUUUGCUAACAUUGAUAGAAUGUUCCCCCAACUAAAGGAAAACUGGACACUCAAACAUUAGGGUAACAUUACAAAACCUUUCUCUCUACCUAGAAUUGUUAGCUGGGUAGAGGGCAGGGAAAGCAUUAGUUGUCUGCACUGCAGAAUCCCUUUGUCAUCCUCCCCACGAGUUUGAGCAGUAUGUCACCUGAAAUAGCAUGAUACCCACUGUUAUAGUCAGGACGGAGUCCUGAUUUUCAUGACUUAUGACUUGAGUUGGAUUCGACCAUUGGUGACUCGGACUCGCCUUCUCGUGACUUGUAUUUGCACUUGGAUUAGAUAGGGUACUAUGAUAAGGAGAAUAUUAGCAGCACUGGGUGCGCAGAACAGCAAGGGUUCUGUUAUCUAGCAGUGGAAAGGACACGCCACACCCAGCACAUAGCCUACAUCAGCUGGUGAGCUGCAAGGGAGCAAGCGAUGAUUGUGGACAGACAGGCAGGCUCUGCUCCGCCAAUCAUAGGCUACACAUCGCACAAGCGACUCUCUUGCUUCCCCAUAACCACCAGUCACCAGCCUACUAUUUAGUUUUGCCUGGGUAAGAAACACAAACUGCUUUAAGAAAUUGAAAACAAUACUAGUAUUGAGUUUAAUGGUAAAACAACAGUCUAGCUAUUUGUCUCCCUCCCCUUGUGUAUAGACAAAUAGGCUGUCUUUGAAUUUGUCAUCUAGCCCUACCCACCUCCCACUUUCCCCCGUGCAUCCCAUAGCCAGGUUCUGACAAGUCUACCUUUAGUUUUCACUCUGCAAUAAAAAACCUACAGAAAUAUCAGUGGGCGAUUACAAAGAA